AUGUACCUCUGCAUUCUUACACCGGAUCAAAUAAAAGUUCCCUAAACAUAAUCAUCCAAACUCCCAAGAUUCCAACCACGUCGUCUUUUCCUUCCUCCGUCCUUUAAAACAAUGCUCUCCCCAGCUCUCCCUCCAUCCCCUCUCAAGCUUUCAUCAGAUGCCACCAUCGGAACCCCAAAUCGCCGCCGCUUCCGCCUCACAGCUGGCGACGGGCUUCGAUACUUCUCCCGAAUCCUCUGGCUUUCCAAUACUCAUCGAUCUCCGACGCGCGAGCCUAACCAAAGUGCUGGAUCGUUAUGAAUCCUCCAUCGGGAACGCAAACCCUAAAUCGAUUCGCAGCAACUCGAAAACUCUCAAAUCGGGCUCGAUGCGGAUCACUUUGGCCGUCAAACCCGAGAGCCCUAUCAUCGCCUUACCGAGCAAGAUCAUCAGCACGACGACGAGCCUUCAGAGCUUUCCGAUGAAGUUCUCCGUCGGAUUAGGAAGAAAGACGGCGCUUUCGGAGAGAGAUCCAGAGUCGCCGAAGGUUUCGUGCUUUGGAAAUGUGUUGCUGGAGCGCGAAAGAUCGGGGAAGAAAGCGGAGGGGUGUUGGGCAAGUUUGGUUGGGGUUUUGCGGUGCGGUCGGGUAAAGAGAGAAGAAGGUAGUGGGAAGGAUUUCGGGAAUGAUGUGGUACUGAUAGAGGCGGCGCCGGCGCCGGCGCCGGCGCCGGUAUUGCGAGGUUCCCGAUAGACUCGUAAAAGGAGUUGGGGGCUGUUUUGUGGCAAACAUACCAACCACAUUAAAAAUUUUAUUGUUUGGUUGGAAGAGAAGUAAAAUAUCAAGUUAUUUAAAAUAUGUA